AUGGAGCCCACAGCUCACACGCAGAAGGAGGUCCCUACCCCUCCUAGAACAAAGACAGCAGAAGACCUGACCUGUGAGUUAAAUGCUGCAGUGAAGAACAGAAAAAAAGAACUUGUGCUAGAGCUGCUGGAGCAAGGGGCUGAUGUGAACUCCAAAAUAGAAGGUGGCUGGACACCACUGCACACUGCUGUGCAGUCUGGUCAGGAGGACAUGGUCAGACUUCUGCUGGACAAAGGUGCUUGUCUGUAUGACAGGAAGGACAACGGUGGCACUGCAUUAACUGAGGCAGGGAUAGCAGGAAAUGUGAAUAUACUGGAGCUCCUCCUGGACCGUGGGUUAAAUAUUAAUGACCAUGACAUCAAUGGCUUCACAGCUUUCAUGGAGGCUGCAUGGUACGGGAGGGAGGAAGCCUUGAAAUUCCUGUAUAGCAGAGGAGCAAAUGUGAAUUUGAGGAGGGUAACUACUGAGGAGAAAGCCAAACUGCAUAAAGGAGGUGCAACAGCUCUGAUGGAUGCUUGUAAGGAGCGUCACUUCUCAUCUGUAAAACUCCUUGUCGAAGAGAUGGGGGCUGAUGUGAACAUUCGUGACAACAGAGAUAAGAAUGCCUUGAUCCAUGCCCUAAAGAAGGGUUCAGACAAAAAAAGAUAUGAGUCAGCUGUUUCCAUAGUUCGUUUCCUGCUGGACCACGGUGUUGAUGUGAAGAGCAGGGAUGAAUGUGGGAAAACUGCCCUCAUUCUAGCUGUUGAAAUGCAGAAUGCAGAGUUGGUGACAGCUUUACUGGAGAAAGAUGAAAUAGAUAUUGAUGAUGCAGAUGAGGAGGGCAACACAGCACUGAUGGUGGCUGUAGAGAACAGUGACUGCAAUAUAGCAAAGCUGUUGUGUGAAAAAGGAGCAAGGACUGAUGUUGGGAACCUUAUCACAGUUGCAAAGAGGAAUCGUUCUCUUAGCAUGGAAAAUCUUCUUCUUGCAUAUAACACCACAUUUGUUCCAGAACCCCCCAGAGACUGGGAGCCAAACAGCAAACGCUGGAGGGACCAGCUGAAAAAACUUGAUCAAAUGUAUCGCCCUAUGAUUGGUAAACUGAAGACAUUUACAUACAUCCAGCAGAGAAUUCAGGAUGGCAUCUACCUUGGGUUCCAUGGAAGGACAGAGGUAGCAGUAAGAGUAACCCACAGUACAGAGGGUGACAAAGAGAAAAGGUUCUUUGAACAAUGUUGUCACUGUGAACAUCUACUGAAGCUCUUCCAGACUGAGAAGGCAAAAGGUUGCAUGUACUUGUGUUUCCCUCUCUGGGAGAAAAACCUUGAAGAACAUCUGCAGGACCCAGAAGAUCAAAUGGAUUACAAAGCUGCUCUGAAGAUGAUCUUCCAGUCGCUGAGAGAGCUGCACUCCCUUGGAUUUGCUCACCAGGAUCUGCAGCCCAGGAACUUUGUAAUAGAUUUAAGUGGCAAAAUUUACUUGGCAGACUUUGAUAAUAAAAGAAAGUUAAUUGAAGGGCGAGAAGAACUCAUAAACUCAGAUUUAGAGGCCCUUGGCAGGCUCAUGCUGUACGUUUUAACAGGGGGUAGGAAACCCCUUGAGCAAGUUGGAAUCAAGGAUUUGGUUGCUCAUUUCCCAGAUUCCAUGGAGGCUCUGGACCUUGUAAGAUGCCUGUCCUCUCAUGAUGAACGAGGCUUGGAAGGUUUGAGCAAGCAUCCCUAUUUCUGGAGCAAACAGAUCAAGUUCAACUUCCUGAAGACAAUAUGGAAUCAAAUCAAAGAUAUCCCCUACCCUGUCCGAAAAACUGUUUUUCAAGAUCGUAAUAUUACUGAAAAGUUUCCUUAUCCACAGUGGACCAAUGAGAUUGACAAAGACAUUCUAGAUGUCAUGGAAAAUCCUAAGAAUGCAAAACAUAGAAGACCUAGAAAUGAUGGCACCAAAUUAUACCACUACAGCAACGAUGUCACCGACCUACUGAGGCUCAUCAGAAACCUGGAUGAACACAAAGAUGAAGGGAUCAGCAACAAAAUAGGAGACUAUGCCGAGUAUUUCCUGGAGGUUUUCCCAAAGCUUACCAUUUAUGUCUACAACAGUUUAUGCCAGAACCCCAAAUACAGUCACUUUGCAGACAUUCAGGACCCUUCUCUCUUCCCCUGGUCACUGUUGAAGGCGAGCACGUGCUCACGGAAGACGCUCGGCCCCUGUGCAAGGUCUGCAGGGCAGAACCAGCAGCAGCCCACAGCUACCCUUGACCCUGGCAGCAUCUUCAAAGGGAGCAUGGGCCUGCUGCGGAGCGUGCAAUGUUUGCUCACAUACCGGGCCAGCAGCUACCGCCUCCCUGCCUUGGGGGGUUUCGUCAGCCUCCCGCAGCCCUCCAGGGGAGACCAGUCGGCCACUGCUGCUUGCACAAG